AUGAACAACACUUCAGAGUCCUCUCUUCUUACUGUUCCAGACCCAGCUCUGCGACAACCCAUAACAUUAUCUGUAGUCGCACCCUUGUUUAUCUGCUACUAUGUGCUGGCCUUCCUCGUGCAGCUUCCUCGGACCUUUAUUCUGAAGCUUUCCUUACUUCCUAUCAUAUUUUGGACUGCAUGGAACACUGCUACGAGAUACGAUUUGGCGAUGCAGAUAGUGCUGGUGGCAGGCACGGAGGACUACGACAGCUUUCGGGCUUGGAACUAUGCCCUGGUGACUUUGAUGCUAUACAUCCCUCUGCGAGCGACGGAGUUCACCUUCGCCUCGGAACCUUAUAGGCGAUUGAGGCUCAACAAGUCUAAAAUGACCGAAUCUCAAGGCAACGACAACGACUCGCGAGGCCUGUAUCAAUUAUUCCAGGACGCACUCGAACUCACGUUCAACCAACGCGGCCUUGGCUGGUCAUGGUCACGCAACCCCUUCCCUGACCUUCCCUCUCAAUCUCUCACAAACCUGGCCCGUUCCCUACUACUCAGAAUUUUGACCGUCGGCAUUGCCUUCUUUUGUGCCCAGUACUCGCACCCUGUGGUUGACGCACCAGAAGACGUGACAAUCUUCGACCCUACUCUCCCGCCUCUCAAACGUUACACUUGCGCCGUCUAUACGACUUUGAUCGUCGGGACAGUCGGUUACUGCGCCAUAGACAUCACCUACCUUUCAGCUGCAGUGUCCGCAUGCGUUCUCCUUGGAUAUUCGCCCUCUCAAUGGCCACCGCCUACGAACCGUCCAUGGCUAUCCACCAGUAUCGCAGACUUUUGGGGGAACAGGUGGCAGAGAUUUAUUCGCCGCGUACUCUUCGCUGUUGGCUCCAAGCCUCUCAUUCCACUUUUUGGGAGACCUGGUGCUGUCAUGGGUGCCUUCAUCCUAUCUUCCAUCUUCCAUGAUUGGUCGAUGUAUGGACUGGGACGUGGAACGGAGUUUCGUACGGUGGGGAUGUUCUUCGUUAUGAUGGGUGUUGGGGUUUUAAUGGAGGGCGUCUGGGAGAACUGGCUCGGGAUGGGGAAGGUAAGAGGGUGGAAGGGAUGGGCUUGGACUAUGGUCUGGACGGUUGGAUGGGGCAUGGGACUGGUUGAUGCAUGGGUAAGGAAGGGGUUGGUGACGACCCUGUUGCCACAUGCGGGUUAA